CAAUCAUUCAACAAACUGAAACGUAAACGGAGAAAUGAAUUAUUCUACGCUUUUCUUCUUAGUGAUUGUGGGCGGUCCAAUGGCUUGGUGUACACAUCAUGAACAUCACGAGGAGGGACCCGCCCAUUAUCACUUCAGCUACGGUGUUAAUGAUCCUCAUACAAAAGACCAUAAAUCUCAACACGAAGAAAGCGAUGGGCACGUGGUAAAAGGAUCUUAUUCAUUACAUGAACCUGAUGGUACCGAGCGCAUUGUGGAAUAUGUAGCAGGUCCACACACUGGUUUCCAAGCAGUUGUGAAACGUAUCGGACAUGCCCAUCAUCCCGAACACUACGGACACCACGGAGGGCACCAUGAAGGAUAUGACGGUGCUGAAAGUCACGUGGGUAUCACGCAUUGGGGACAUCAUUAGGUAAUUUAUUUGUUAAAGGCUGUGUUAAAUUAAA